GGGCUGAUAAUAAAGUCACAUUGAAUUAACUGUUCGAUAAGUGCACACUGUAAAAUAAUAUUAUUACAAUGAAGUUUGUGUCACUAACUCUGCUCUUUUCUGUUAUCAGUUUGGGUAAUCCGACAUCUGCAAAUGUCUCAAACCCUAUAAGAUUUUCCACGAAUGCUAUAAUUCAUCAGUUGUUUGAGAUGAUGAGAAAUUUAAUCAGAAACGGCAGUGAGGAGGAAGGCGUGCCGGUUAUGGAUCCAUACGAUAGUGACUUGAAUGUCAACUUUUCAAAAAAGUAUUUCAGCCUCAACGCAAACCUUACGAAGGCCAGGUUCACGGGUUUAGCCGAUUUCUACGUGUUAAAGACAGAUUUUGAUGCAACAGAGAUUUCUAUUGACACUAAAAUCAUUUAUCCACGACUUAAACUUUACUCAGACUCAUAUGACAUGGAAGGCCAUAUAUGGCCAGCAAUACCUUUGGAAGGUCACGGAAAGUUUAACAUUGAAAUGCACCAUUUGACGGUGCUUGGGAAAUUUUUUUUGAAACCUUCUGAAGAUGGAAAGUCUAUACUGAUUGACAGAGUGGACAACUUCAAUUUCAAUAUCAAAAAGUUUUUUUCGACGACUCAAUACGACGACAACUUUGACGACAUCUUCAACACCAUGAUGGAUGACCUUCUUGCCGGCUACAUCAACCGCUUCAAUGGCUACAUCUCGUCUCUCUACGCCCAGGCUGUCGUAGACCUGCUCAACCCUACGCUGGACAAGUUUGACACUUGGCAAAUACUCGCCACGAUUCUCUGAACUAUAUUGAACUGGAUUUAUUUCUACCUAGAAAAAACCUAGGAGUAUUUAGAUACUCAUCACAUCAGCGACUGAUCAAAAAUAUUUACAGCCCUAAGCUCAUUAAGAUGAUGCGCCCUUUAAUCAGGAUUUCCUAAACAUUUUAUGUUCGCAGAUCAAUAUAAAUUUAGUUGCAUUUUGUUUUAGUGUUUUGUCUGCCUAAUUGAAAUAUUUAGGGUACAUAGGUACAAUGAUACGAUGAUGAUCAACAGUGUAUGCGAAUGUACGAUCGGCGCCCCCUGGGCCUCGCGUCCUGAAUACCUAACCCUUAGACUGCAGCUUAUUUAGCCUAAGGGUUAGGGUAAUCAGGCUUUGGUUACCAUAGACCUUUCCAAUCCUGUUCUUGUCAAAUACGUCCUAUGAAAGCUUUGUCUUAAUUCUAUGCUAUAGUUCAAAUUUUUUCAUCUUGGUACAUGAUCUUAUCACUAUUGAUCUAUCCUGGAUACAAUGUUUUCUUCGAAAUCCCUUACGUUGAUCUUUAUUCAUUUGAUGAUUCUGAACCAAAAGUAAUGAUUAAACGCAAACAAAUUUAA